CCAUCAUCUCACACGGGAUCACCAAAUACAAAAGUCGUCGAUUAUUUCUGGUAGAUCUAGGGUUAUGGAUUCCAAAUUGGAGAACGCGGAUGAUGAAAAUUCGAUGAUGGAGAUCUCUGAGGAGAAUGAAUCAAGGAAGCGCAAGGCAGAUGAUACUUUCCCGGUGGAUUCCUCCGAUGUUGGCGAGAAAGAAGAACAAGUCGACGACGAAGACAUAACAAUAAGUGAGGAGGAGAAAAUGGACGUGUCGAGCCGCGAGGAGGGCCAAGAAUGGGACGUGGAUAGUUUCGACGUAGGUCACCAAUACACAACUAAAAAGAAGGUGGAUCCAAACGAUGAGGAAGCUGUCAAAAUGCGUCGAUACAGACUUCAGAUGUAUCAGACCAAUGGUUUCAACGUGGAUAUGGAAAACUAUCCAGGGAGAGUGGCCUACCGAGAACUUUGGGCUGUUGAUCUUGAUGAACCCUUUCGGUCAAGUGGUCUAACAGGGCGUGCCUACAUGCAAAACUGUGUUGAUUUGGCAAUACAAAGAUACAACAGAAUCAAUCAAAAGACCCUCACAUGUGAGCAUAUUGUGAGGGCUAUUAUCUGUGUGGUCGACGGAAUCAAAUCCUACAUCACCUUCAUGGCCAGAGAGACUCCAGAUGGAAAUCUUGUCGAGUAUCAAGCUAAAACUGAGAAAAAGUUCUGGCAAAAACAUGCUCACGCCCUCUUUUGCAGGCCAACUCCUAUACCUAAAGUUAUACAAGUGCCUAAGGACGAAGAUUGUGAUCCAAUUUGUGACGGCUCCAGCCGUGACGGGUCCAGCCGCGAAAGCGACCAAGAAUGGGACGUGGAUAGUUUGGAUGAUGAAUCCGAUUACAAGCCCCCAGAUAUGCUGGCUCCCACCGACGAGGAAAUUGAAAAGAUGCGUCUAUAUAGACCUCAUAUGUAUCGGAGCAAGGGUUUCUACGUGGAUGGAGAAAGCUACUCUGGGAAAGUGGUCUACUUCUCUCAGGUUGUUCUUGAUGAACCCCUUUGGCUUACUGGGAUUACAGGCCGUGAAUACGUGCAAAGAAUGAUUGAUUUAUCUCUGGAAAAAUACAAUGAAAUCAAGGGAUCGAGUGUGACAUGUGAAUCGAUUGUGAGGGCUAUUCUGACUAGGGUGACCGGAUUCAAGAUGUACAUCACUUUCAUGGCUAGAGAGUCUCCGGGUGGAGAUCUUGUUGAAUAUCAAGCUAAGACGGAGAGGAAGGUUUGGCAAAAGAAAACUCAUGUCAUAUUUUGCAGGCCAACUCCAAAAUCAAAAGAUUGAUGUGCGUUACCAAGCUUGUGAGUAGUGAUGGACAAGUAGCUAAGUCCGGGAGAGGGGUAGAUAACCUAUGGUUUAAUUUUUUCUUGAUCUUUUAUCGGACCGUAAGAACGGGAUAAAAGUGCUGCUUCAAUCGAAUUUGAGGGGGUAUUAAUGUUCCGAAAAAAUUAACUUCGUUCAGACUUCAAGAUUUCUAGUAAAAUAGUAUGAAAUACGCUCUAUGAAAAUGGUAUUUAAUGCUGUUAAUUAGUCUUCUUUUUUUCCUUCUUUCCUGACUUGGUCUCUUACAAAGUAAAAUCACCGGUUCUUUGCACAUGAUUCUGUAAUUCUGUUACCUUUGGUUUUCGGUUUAAUCCUGGUUAAGUAAA